GCUACAAUCACGUCAUCAUCAUCACCAACAUCGUCAUCAUCAUCACUAACGCCGCACGACCUUCAGCAUGGAGAUAUGAUAUACUCACUACUAUCGAUACUCGGCACUCACAACAAAGACGAAAUGAGUAGGUCGCUACACGCCAUGUCGCUCUCACCCGAAAGUUGUGUGGCCAUGAGGCAGUCCGGUUGCCUGCCCCUGUUAAUCCACCUACUGCACAAUAGCGAGCCAGACCCUAACCACUUCAACAUAAGGUCAAGGUCGUCGGCCACCCUCCGUAACAUCAUCAACGUGCAUUGCGAGGAUCAAAGGGGCAGACAGGAGUCCAGGGUGCUGAGGUUGUUGGAACAGGUUCGCGACUAUUGCGAUCAUCUGAAAGCCUCUGCUCUCUAUAACGCAUGCUCUUCGUCCGUCGUUUAUGACGAUGUUGCAUAUUUUCAAGACAUCCAACAUCCGUUGGGUGCUGCAACAGUCCUGAUGAAGUUAACAUUCGACGAAGAACACAGGCACGCAAUAUGCACAUUAGGUGGCAUCCAGGCAUUGGCGGAGCUACUGCAGUUGCAGCAGGAGUUGUUCGGCCACACCUUGGACCCCGACAACCUGACAAUGAGAAGAUACACGUGCAUGGCUCUCACUAAUCUAACGUUCGGAGAUGGAACUAACAAAGCUCUCCUCUGCUCCAUGCCCGGUCCACUUCGAGCCCUGGUCAUCCAGCUCGAAAGUCCCUGCGAAGAUCUCUGCCAGGUGGCUGCCAGCGUUCUCAGAAAUUUGUCAUGGCACGCCGAUACAGCCAGCAAAAAAUAUUUGAGAGCCGCUGGAGCCGUGGAAAUGUUAACGAGGUCCAUACUAAUUAUCAAAAAAGAGUCAACUCUUAAAAGCUUGUUGAGUGCACUUUGGAAUUUCUCAUCUCAUUGUCCGGAGAACAAAGAGGAUAUUUGUGCCAUCAGAGGAGCCUUGCAACUUCUUGUUUGGUCUUUGAAUUUCAAGAGUCCGUCGAAAACACUGGCUGUCGUUGAGAACGGCGGAGGUGUGUUGAGGAAUGUAAGCAGUCACGUAGCUACCAGAGCAGACUAUCGAAGUAUUCUGAGACAACACGGUUGUCUUCCGACUUUAUUGAAACAUCUACGAUCUCCAAGCUUAACCGUCGUAAGUAACGCCUGUGGAACUUUGUGGAACUUAUCAGCU